UUAAAGACCUUUCGACCUAAAAAAAAAUUUACUCAUGGAACUAUGAGAUAUUCUUUAUAUAAACAAGCACAAGCUUCAUUAAAUUCUGGAAUCAAUUUACGAGCAGUAGUUAAAUUACCACCUGGAGAAGAUUUAAGUGAUUGGAUUGCUGUUCAUGUUGUCGAUUUUUUUAAUAGAAUUAAUCUUAUUUAUGGCACAAUAUCUGAAUAUUGCGACUCAACUACGUGUCCAAUAAUGAGUGGUGGUGCUCGCUUUGAAUACCUAUGGGCAGAUGGAGAAAAAUAUAGAAAGCCAACAGCUCUGUCAGCUCCACAAUAUGUAUCUUUAUUAAUGGAUUGGAUUGAAACACAAAUAAAUAAUGAAAAUCUUUUUCCAGUAUCAACAGAUAUACCAUUCCCAAAAACAUUUAUACCAUUAUGUCGAAAAAUUUUAACUAGAUUAUUUCGAGUCUUUGUUCAUGUCUACAUCCAUCAUUUUGAUCGAAUAGUUAAAAUAGGGGCUGAAGCUCAUGUUAAUACAUGUUACAAGCAUUUUUAUUAUUUUAUUAUGGAAUUUGAAUUAAUAAAUCAUAAAGAACUUGAACCGUUGGCUGAAAUGACUUCAAAAGUCUGCAAGGAUUUUGCAUCACCCAGACAAACUACAGUAUCAGGAAGCAUUAAUUAAUGGCCAUAAUU